AAGUGCUUUUGUUUUGUGCUUGCAAAAGUAAUUGAAGUUGAUACUCUUGGCGGUUGGUUUUAUAAAGCAUGCUAUAAAUGCCGGAAAAAAGUUGUUCCAAACGGGGAAAAAUUUUAUUGUGAAGGUGUUAAUUGCAAGAAGCAGGUUCUUGCAGUUCCCAGAUUUAGGGUGAACCUUAAUGUUAUUGACCACACCGGAUCAUGUACAUUGGUGGCGUUUGAUAAUGUCGUCUCCAAGUUCAUCGGAAGAUCUGCUAAGGAAUUGGUUGAAUCCAUCAAUGAGGAGAAUGUUUCUGAUUAUCAUCCUCCUGAAUUUGACGCGCUACUUGAUCAAACUUUAUUGUUCAAGAUUGAAGUUACCAGUAUGAACAUUGAUCACGGCUGGGGGAACUACACAAUUAGUUGUCUGUAUAAUGAUGAAGUCAAGCUUGAGGAGUUUCGGAGGUUUCACUCUCUUAAGGUUUCUGGAGAGUGUAUUGAUGACUCAUGUACUUCGUCACUAGCAAAGGGACAAGAAUCCAUCAAUCAAACAGAAGAGGUUGACUCUAAUAAGAAUUUUGGUGUGAUAGAAGUGGAUAACAGUUUGAGUGAUAAAGAGAUUGGUGAUAAUGAACAUACUCCGUCCACCAAAGCCACAGGAAAAAGAAUCAGGGAUGGAGCAGAGAAUGAAAAUCAGAGUGAAGAUUAUGAGUCUCAGACAUCUACCAGCAAGCUAAAGAGGAUUGCACAAGUCAAACAGGAGCCAAUGGAUUGAGUGGAUUCAUGAACUUAAAAUGAAUUUGAUACAUUUCUUUUACAUGCAAUUUCAUAUCUUAAAAUAUUGCAGUUUUUUGUUUUCCCAUUCUUAGUGAUUCGGUUUUUGAAUCAUCCAUAUAUCUUCAAAUAUUGCUCCCAAGUUUGUUUUUGUUUUAUAUUUCCAUUUCAACGGCUAAUGAAUAAAGAAUUUAGUUAUUUUCAUAAUGACCUUUUAUUAGCCUGCAUGCAUUAUUUAUAAAAUAUUGAUUGAUAUUGAUAUUAA